AUGGUUCCAAAUAAUUUUGAAGGUGGAUUAUUUUCAAUAAAUCAUUAUAGAAGAUAUUUCAAUAUAAACACUACUGAUUUUUUCAUAAAUGUUAUUAGAUCAAUAAAUGUCGUUCAAAAAUUUGAAGAUCAAGAGGAAGAAAUUGGUGAUUUAUAUGGACCAAUUUGGGUUACUGCAACUGUUUGCUUUAUAUUAUUUUUUUCCAAUACAAGUUCUAAUUUAUUGAAAAGUUGGUUGAUUGGUGGUGAUGAUAAGUAUCAAUAUAAUUUCAGUUUGUUGACUGGUGCAAUAAGUUUGUUAUAUGGAUAUACUGUUUUGAUUCCAUUUAUUUUUUAUAUGAUUAGUGUUUUUUAUUUCAAAUUGACUAAAUUUUUCACAUUGAGUAAGAUUAUAUCAAUUUAUGGAUAUGCUAAUUCAGUUUGGAUACCUUCAGCUAUUUUUGGCGUGUUAAGAGGGUUAUUAGUUAAUCAUAGUGUUUUGAAUGGGAUUUUAAAAUGGGUUAUUGUUUUAAUUGGUGGGAUUGUUAGUGCAGUUAGUAUUGGAUUAAAAGUUUAUCCAGUUUUGAAAAAUUCUACAAUUAUCGUUGGUAAUGAGAAAUUAUCAUUUGGAUUAAUGGGUUGUCUAGCUAUUGCUCAUUUGGGGUUCAUUAUUGCCAUCAAAGUUUUAUUCUUUGGUGAUUUGAAAGUUGUCAAUUGA